GGUUUUAAAAGAGCGCAAGAAACUACAGUGGCUUCUCCAUCAAGUCAUCACUUCACGUCACUUCAUCAAACUAAAUCAAGCAAUCACAAGGAGGACACUAAGAACAAUAAUACUGUACAAACGGUCUCAAGAACGAAACAAACUAAUCAAGAACAACAGAAGAAGAUGCAACAAGGAGCCGACUAUAUCACGGCAUUUAAGCUCGGCAAAGACAUUUCUCGCGCGUCCACUAGUACCUCGAGCACUAAGAGGCUAAGAGAAGAUAGGAGAACACAGCUCUCUACAAGUAGGCAUGACAAUGAUGAGAAACUCACACCUGAGCGUGACGGCUCGUUAGCUAUGCAAGAACCAGUGUUUCUUCCACCAAUUAAGUAG